AUGAAUUUAACUUCCGUUUCUAGUGGCUCUGAUUUCAGCGAAUAUUGGGUUGAUAGCUUUCUAGAGACUAAAGGCAAUGAGUACUUCUGUGAUAUUGACAUAGAAUAUAUUACCGAUCGUUUCAACUUAACUGGUCUUAAUAACGAAGUCGACAGAAUUUCUUAUGUAAUUGACAUUAUAACUGAUAAUUCUCCAAAGCGCAAUCCAAGAGAAUUUCAAAGAAUUAGAGAACAGAUGGAGGCUCAAGCAAGAUACCUCUAUGGUUUGAUUCAUGCUCGUUAUAUUAUAACUUCUCGUGGUUUGCAAAAAAUGCUAGACAAAUACCGAAAUGGCGAUUUUGGUUAUUGUCAAAGAGUCUAUUGUGAUUUGCAGCCCUUAUUGCCAAUUGGUUUAAAUGACCAACCAAAAUUGCAACCUGUCAAAUUAUACUGCCCAACGUGUGAAGAUAUAUAUAAUCCCAAAUCCUCGAGACAUGGUCAAAUAGAUGGUGCUUUCUUUGGAACAAGUUUUCCAGGAAUGUUUUUUCAAACUUUUCCCAACUUGGUUCCUCCCCAUCCAACAAAAAGAUACAUUCCAAGAGUGUUUGGUUUUCAAUUACAUGAGCAGGCUAAGCUCGCUAGAUGGCAGAUACUACAACGAAAAAAAUUAGAAAAAAAAUUGUUGCAAAACCACAUCGAUAUCGCUUCUGGCCCAGGCAGUUAUAUAUACGACGAAGAGGAUGAGCAAGAAGCAGCUGGAAAUGAAGGCUAUAAUAAAGGCUCUGUAAAGGGAUUACCUCCACCUAUGGAAGGCCUACAAAAUACUCGUGCUUAA